ACCUGGGGGAUGUGCUGAGUGUCCAGCUGGGCGCUUGGUGUGGACCUGCUGCUGCUGCUGUUUAUAAACCUGGCCUUCUUUCAGAGGAAUGAAACUUCUUCACUCCUGGUUCUUGCAUGAUUUCUGUUCAAGAGGCGCCUCGUGUUAGUCAGAGUCCGCGCCGGAGUGUGGGAUGUGACUGUGGUGGAUUAGAGAGAGAGAGAGAGCUGCUGUGUGGAUGUGGAAGAUUAGAUGUGGAAGCAGCGCCGGCUUUGACAGACAGAGGACAGAAAAUGAAGUGACUCGCUUGGUUGGGGUUUAAACAUAUUCUCUAGUCUACAGCACACAGAGUCGGUUUAUUAUUGAUUCCCGGAACAGACUGCUGAGACUAUGGGCUUUGUGGAGCUAGCCUAGCCUAGCCGGAUCAGCAUAACGGGUUAGCAAGAGAGCGCUACAGGCCGCUAGUUCACUCCACAGGACACUGAACCGAACACCAUGGGGCUGAUUGUGGCCAAACUGUGGAGCUUUUUCUGUAAUCAAGAACACAAGGUGAUCAUCGUAGGUCUUGACAAUGCUGGAAAGACGACCAUUCUUUACCAGUUCUUGAUGAAAGAGGUCGUCCACACGUCUCCGACAAUUGGCAGCAACGUUGAAGAGAUCGUCGUGAAGAAUACACACUUCUUAAUGUGGGACAUUGGUGGCCAGGAGAGUCUUCGGUCCUCUUGGAACACCUACUACUCCAACACUGAGUUCAUCAUCCUGGUAGUGGACAGUACAGACAGAGAAAGACUCGCGAUCUCUAAAGAGGAGCUGUACAGAAUGUUGGCGCAUGAGGAUUUGCGUAAAGCCGCAGUGUUGAUUUUUGCCAAUAAGCAGGAUAUGAAGGGGUGCAUGUCUGCGGCAGAGAUCUCGAAAUACCUGACCCUCAGCUCCAUCAAAGACCAUCCCUGGCACAUUCAGUCCUGCUGUGCUCUUACAGGAGAAGGGCUGUGCCAGGGCCUGGAGUGGAUGACCUCGAGGGUGGGACUCAGAUAGCCUCCAACACCCUGACAGGACUGCUUUCAUUUACAGCCUUCGCCACAAACAUCUGGCAGCAACUCGGCCUCAUCCUACUGUUUAUUAUUAUUAUUAUUAUUAUUAUUAUUAUUAUUAUUAUAUUAAACUUUUAAAGCUCAUGAUCAAUGUUCAACCUCUCUGGAAACCUACCUCACCUGGGAAUGAUUGGUUGAUUUGAUUGGACAGACUUUUCAGUUUUUCAGGACAAGUUUAAUCAUGCACGUGACAGAAGGGGAACGCACAGUAUCUGAAAUGUUACUGCUUACAGAGAGGCACGAGACUGUGUCCUUUGAACUUUCAUUUUUGGAAAAGUUCUCUAUUCUGGUUUAGGAAAGUUGAGGACUGGUGAAUUUUAUUGGACAACAUUUUAGUGGUUUUUAUAUAUAUAUAUUUUUUUCCUCUUUUUCCCCCCCCCUUUCUUUCUUCCCUUAUCGGUCAAUUCAUGCAUCAGGGAAGUCUGUUGCUUGUUGUGUGGCGUGUCUGUAACAAACCACUACAUAUCAUGAACACGCAUUACAUAUGUCACAUUACCUCAGUUGACGGCACUACAGACACUCGAGCAGCCGUCACAUUUAACCAGCCUGUUGCAACUUCUGUAUAACCACUAAUAUGUGGGAACAGGUUUGGUCUAUAAUAGAGAUUUGUUUUAUUUUAUUUGUUAUUUAAGGUCCUCAAAUGGCAUUGAUUUUUUUUUUUUUCCUAACCACAUUUGUUCUGUUACAUAAAAUGGGCUGAUUUUCCACAUAUCAGUUGUAUUUGCAUUGAGGACUGGUUACUAAGGCCACACCAAUUUAAUAAGUUGGUUCUCUGAUUUUUUUCAGGAAAAAUAUGAAGCGAGCGGGCGAAAUAAAAAUAAAAUUUAAAAAAAUGCUCUGAUGGUAAAAUUAGCAGUGGAAAUAGACCAAACAAUCCAGGCAAACCAGUAAACAGAAUUUCAACAUACCUGUCAAAGAUUUUAUGCUUUUGUUUGCUGAAUAUCCUAACAAUCACAAACAGGCUUUGUAGGAUUCCCCUCCACAGGCAUGUUUCUUCCACAAGUCUUUAUCUACAGUGGUGCUUGAAAGUUUGUGAACCCUUUAGAAUUUUCUAUAUUUCUGCAUAAA